AUGUUCUUCAAUUUUUCUUUUUCCCUUUCUUUUUCUUCUUUUCACAGAUUUUCUCUACUGUUGUUGAUUCUGUGUUUAGCUAGAGUUGAUUUAGCUUCCACAACCAAAAUUGGCAAUGGCUACCGUUUGAUCUCUGUGGAUGAGUCUCCUGAUGGUAGCCUUGUUGGCCACCUCCAAAUCAAGCAGAAAAAUAAUAUAUAUGGUGCUGAUAUUCCGCUGUUGCAGCUCUAUGUCAAGCACGAAACAGAUAACCGUUUAAGAGUUCAUAUUACUGAUGCAGAAAAGCAAAGAUGGGAGGUUCCUUACAAUCUUUUGCCAAGAGAAAAGCCUCCAGCACUUAAACAAACAAUUGGUAGGUCAAGAAAGGAUGCAUAUACAUAUACACUAACACCUUCAGAAUAUGCAGGCAGUGAGUUAAUAUUCCUCUACACCACAGAUCCUUUUACUUUUUCUGUGAAAAGAAAAUCAAACGGCCAAACCCUUUUUGAUUCAAGAUCAGAUGAAUCAGACCCUUAUAGUGAUUUGGUGUUUAAGGAUCAGUAUCUUGAGAUUUCAACAAAGUUGCCUGAAGAUGCUUCACUAUACGGUCUGGGAGAAAACACACAGCCCCAUGGGAUUAAACUGUACCCUAAUGAUCCUUACACUUUGUACACUACUGACUUGUCCGCCAUUAAUCUUAAUGCUGAUUUAUAUGGGUCCCACCCGGUAUACAUGGACCUGAGGAAUAUUGAUGGAGAAUCCUCUACACAUGGAGUUUUACUAUUAAAUAGCAAUGGGAUGGAUGUGUUUUACAGAGGGAAUUCUUUGACAUAUAAAGUGAUUGGCGGUGUUUUUGACUUUUACUUCUUUUCGGGUCCCACACCUCUUGAUGUUGUGGAUCAGUACACUCAAUUCAUCGGCAGGCCAGCUCCAAUGCCCUACUGGUCUUUUGGGUUCCAUCAAUGCAGAUGGGGAUACCAUAAUUUAUCAGUAGUCGAAGAUGUAGUGGAAAACUACAAGAAGGCCAAAAUCCCACUUGAUGUAAUCUGGAAUGAUGAUGAUCACAUGGAUGGACACAAAGAUUUCACCCUCAAUCCCAUAAAUUAUCCUCGUCCGAAGCUACUUGAAUUCUUAGAGAAAAUUCAUGGCCAAGGCAUGAAGUACAUUGUCAUAAUAGACCCGGGAAUCGGUGUUAACACUAGUUAUGGCGUCUACCAGCGAGGCAUAGCUAACGAUGUCUUUAUUAAGUAUGAAGGUAAGCCCUAUCUAGCACAAGUGUGGCCUGGUGCUGUUAACUUUCCCGACUUCCUUAACCCAGAAACAGUUGAAUGGUGGGGUGAUGAAAUCCGUCGUUUCCAUGAAUUAGUGCCUGUGGAUGGCUUAUGGAUUGACAUGAAUGAAGCGUCCAACUUUUGUACUGGUUUGUGCACUAUACCAGAGGGCAGGAUCUGUCCGAAUGGAACAGGCCCGGGUUGGGACUGCUGCCUCGACUGCAAGAACGUAACAAAAACAAGAUGGGACGAUCCACCUUACAAGAUAAAUGCAUCGGGAAUACAAGCACCUAUAGGAUACAAAACCAUAGCCACUAGUGCAUCUCACUAUAAUGGAGUACUGGAGUAUGAUGCACACAGUAUUUAUGGUUUCUCUCAAGCUAUUGCAACUCACAAGGCUCUUCAAGGGCUAGAGGGAAAGCGUCCGUUCAUAUUAUCGCGUUCUACAUUUGUUGGUUCGGGCCAUUAUGCUGCUCACUGGACAGGGGAUAAUAAAGGAACUUGGGACGAUUUGAAGUACUCAAUUUCCACAAUGCUGAACUUUGGGAUAUUUGGGGUUCCAAUGGUUGGUUCAGAUAUAUGUGGAUUCUAUCCUGCUCCUACCGAAGAGCUAUGCAACCGUUGGAUUGAGUUGGGCGCGUUUUACCCUUUCUCAAGGGAUCACGCAAACUUCUAUUCCCCUCGGCAGGAGCUUUAUCAAUGGGAAACAGUGGCAGAGUCUGCUAGAAAUGCUUUAGGAAUGAGAUAUAAGCUUCUUCCAUAUCUGUAUACUCUAAAUUAUGAGGCGCAUACUAGUGGCGCGCCCAUUGCUCGACCACUAUUUUUUGCGUUCACAAAUGAGACAAAAUGUUAUGGAUUGAGCACCCAAUUUCUGCUAGGCAGCAGUCUCAUGGUGUCUCCAGUGCUAGAGGAGAAGAAGACCAACACCGAUGCUCUAUUUCCUCCAGGAAGUUGGUACAAUUUAUUUGAUAUGACACAGGUCAUCGUAUCGAAAGAAGCACACUACAUCACACUAGAUGCACCUCUACAUGUAAUCAAUGUGCAUUUGUAUCAAAACACCAUAAUUCCAAUGCAGCAGGGAGGAUUGAUCUCUAAAGAAGCACGAAUGACGCCUUUUUCUCUUAUAGUAACCUUCCCAAUGGCGGCUACUGUAGGAGAAGCCAAAGGAAAUCUUUUCGUGGAUGAUGAUGAGCUCCCGGAGAUGAAACUCGGGAAUGGCUAUUCGACCUAUGUCGAUUUCUAUGCAACAGUGAGUAAUGGAAUGGUGAAGGUAUGGUCCGAUGUUCGGGAAAGUAAAUUCGCCUUAGACAAAGGUUGGAUAAUUGAGAAGGUAACAGUACUAGGUUUGGAUGGGAUUCAGGGUGGUUUUGAAAUUGAAGUUGAUGGAAAUCCAGCUGCAAAUACCUCAAAAGUGGAGUUUAGCACAGCAGAACACGAGUAUACAGAGAAAUUGGAAGAUAGUGAUCAAGAUAUGAUGAAGAGUGUGAUGAUAGAGGUUAAAGGACUGGAAUUGCCAGUGGGGAAAAACUUUUCAAUGUCCUGGAAAAUGGGAAUCAAAGCUUGA